AUGGCAAAAUCACGACUGAAUACCCAAAAUCCAAUCUUGAUAUUUGGUCAGUUCGGCAAAUAUGUCAUCGUAAACAUUGCCAAUUAUCAGCUGAUAUCACAGCACACUGUUUACAAAAUGAAAUACAGUACUCAGAGUAUGGGAGUGGGUGACAUUCUUGAUCAGGAUGCAUCCUUAGCAAAUUUUGUUAAGGGAAAAACCCACACCAAUAAUUGGGCAGUCUUGGUUGAUACUUCACGAUUUUGGUUUAACUAUCGCCAUGUGGCCAAUGUGCUAUCGAUGUAUCGAUCAGUCAAAAGACUGGGAAUCCCUGAUAGCCAGAUCAUCCUUAUGGUGGCAGAUGACAUGGCCUGCAAUCCUCGAAAUCCUCGUCCAGCAACAGUCUUUAACAAUGCACAUCAGCAUAUAAAUGUAUAUGGUGAAGAUGUGGAAGUGGAUUACAGAGGAUAUGAGGUAACAGUUGAAAACUUUGUGAGACUUCUUACUGGACGUUUAACUCCAAGCACUCCUCGCUCUAAGAGACUUUUGACAGAUGAUGGCUCGAAUAUACUGAUUUAUAUGACAGGCCAUGGAGGAGAUGGUUUUUUAAAGUUCCAGGAUUCAGAAGAAAUAACCAAUGUUGAAUUGGCAGAUGCUUUUGAACAGAUGUGGCAGAAGCAGAGGUACAAUGAAAUCCUCUUCAUCAUUGACACAUGCCAAGCAGCAUCUAUGUAUGAACACUUUUACUCACCAAAUAUAUUGGCCAUUGCAUCAAGCUUAGUUGGUGAAGAUUCAUUGUCGCAUCAUGUUGAUCCAGCAAUUGGUGUGUACAUCAUAGAUCGUUUUACAUACUAUGCCCUGGACUUUCUUGAGAAAGUUACCCACCUGACAGUAAGAAAGACUCUAGCCCAGUUCUUUCUUCAAGUUUGUCCAAAGCGAGUAUGCAUAUCUACUGUUGGUGUCCGACGAGACCUUUACAAGAGAGAUCCAAAUAAUGUACUUGUCACAGAGUUCUUUGGCUCGGUGAGGAAUGUAGAGCUGUUUGAUAACCUUUUGAACUUCCCAGUCUGUGGUUCCUACAAUAUGUCAAAGUUUGUACCUGUGAAAGAGGACGCUAGCACCCGAGAAGGAGGUCCACUAAUGUAUGCAGACCAGCUUCCCAUACAUCGGAUAUCAUGAGUAACAAACUGAUUUGGACUGUUACAUCAAGAAGUGUUGUAGGAUAAUUAAGUAUACUUGAAAAGCAAGCAUGAAGCUUUCAACAUAAUGAUCAAAACUAAUAUACAGUGAAAUGUGAUGUGCAUCAUGUCAUAUGAAAAUUGCAUUAAAACUGAUGUCAAGGAAUGAAAUAAGUUAUUAACAAAUAUAAUAUACAGUAUUCCUAUUAAGAACUGACGUGCCAGUUAAAUAUUGUUACCUACUCAUAUAUUGGGUAGAACCAACUUCUAUUUAUUCACAUUCCAUACUGUAAGGUAUUUAGACAAUUUUCAUUGUCAUUUAAGUUUUCAUGCACUACAAUAUUUAGACAAUUUUGAAUUACUGCACUGAUGUUCCAUAACUUUGAUAAAUUUUAUUCACAUAUCAGUAUACAUUUAGACGGAUUCGUUGUAACUGUUUGACUUUAUAUUUGUUUAUAAUUGUAAAUAUACUGUAGAAUAAAUCUUGUGAAUAAAUGUUAAGUUCA